GAAGGAGAAGAAGAGUUUGAUUUGUUGUGUUGUUUUGUUGUUUUUUUGUUUUCCUUAUUGCUUUUCGUUUGAUUAUUCAGGACAUUUUACACGUUGAGUAUUUGGACAAACUCCUCCCAGAGAUUUCAUCAGAGCAACUUCAAAUCCGUUUCACGAGGAGAUUCCAGGAUUUUCACAAGCUGUUAUUGUGAGGCGCCGGAUUAAUAAUGGAGGUCACAGGAAGCAGCUACAAAGGACCCAUCAAAAAUGGCAGGAUGGAAGGAGAGGGAGAAUACCUCUUCCCAACAGAGACCAGGUAUGAGGGAAGGAUGAAUGAUGGAGUGUUCCAGGGUGAAGGAGUACUGUACUUUCCAAAUGGAAGCAAAUAUGAGGCCACUUGGGAGAAAGGCAAAGCCAUACAGGGAACUUUUACCUUUGCCGAUGGUCUGCAGUUUGAGGAGCAGAACUGGGAUUACUGCAUUGGUUCCGACAGACGCUUCUACACUGAGAGAUGCUAUGGACUAAGACCUGCAGGAGAAUCUCAGCUCACGGAUCUGCAUCCUCCACGUGUGAUCCCGGACUUGGGCCACGAUUGUGGGGAUGGUUUCUAUGAUCCCACCACAAGAGUAGUCACUUCCUACACAGGCAGAUUCCUCAGGAACGCGGAUGACUCGGAACAUGAGUGGAUUGUGCGCACUUGUCGGAAAGCUGGAGACUUAGGUGAUGACGAUGGUCCUGAAAAAUCUGCUGCAACCGGACCUGAAGAGACCAGCGAAAUCAAAUGAAAAUGUGUGUGUGUGUG